UAUAUGAUAAGUGCUAAUAUGUUCUUUCUCUUUCAUGGUGAAAAUCCUCCAUCUUUCAGUAGGUCCCACGACAUGGGUACUUACUCCUACUAAUAACCUAUUUCGAACCAUUCACACUCAUUCAUCCUUCAAACAAACACAACCUUAAAAGCAGAUAAAAAACGCUUUGUUCCUUUUAUUUCUCUCAUUUUUCUUUUUCACAGGAAAGAAAAAAAGAGAAAAAAAAAAUGAUCGGAAACUUCAUUGACGACAUUGAUUGCGGCAGCUUCUUCGACCACAUAGACGACCUCCUCGAAUUUCCUGCUGAAGAAACAGCAGCUGUCACUGACACUACUGUUGUUACACCGGUUGCUCCUCCUCCGACAAACUUCUGGUCCACAGAAUCUGACUCGCUGCAUGCCACCAAUACGGUGUUUUCCGGCAAUACUGUGCCGGACCUCUCGACAGAACUCUCUGUUCCGUUUGAAGACAUUGAACAAUUGGAAUGGCUGUCAAAUUUUGUUGAGGACUCUUUCUCUGGUGGGAGUCUCACCAUGCAGCAAGAGCAGCCACAAUGCACCAACAAGGAGGACACAACUCAUGCUCAAUUCCAGACAGCAAGUCCAGUUUCUGUCCUUGAAAGUAGCAGUUUUUACUCCAGAACGAAGGCUGCAUCUCGUAACACGGAGAUUUACAUCCCCGUGCCAUGUGGACGUGCACGUAGCAAGCGUGCACGUCCUGCAGCCUUCAAUCCCUAUCCAGUUAUGCAGCUGAUCUCGCCAGCGUCUUCCACUGGCGAGAAUACACAGCACAACACCACCUCCUCCAAGACCUCGUCAGACUCUGAGAAUUUCGCUGAAUCCACCGUCAAGCCACCAAAACAGGCCUCUGGUGAGCACAAGAAGAAAAAGAAGAUCAAAGUGACUUUCUCAGGUGGUGAAGACCACAAUGCUACAGCAUCACAGGCAGUGAGAAAAUGUGUGCACUGUGAGAUAACCAAGACACCACAGUGGAGGGCAGGGCCAAUGGGGCCAAAAACACUCUGCAACGCUUGUGGCGUGCGCUACAAGUCAGGGCGCCUCUUCCCCGAAUACCGGCCGGCUGCCAGUCCGACGUUCUGUGCAGCUGUGCACUCCAACUCCCACAAGAAGGUCCUUGAAAUGAGAAACAAGACAGGCCCCAAAUCUGGUUUUGCAGCAGAUUCAGCUUCCUCACCAGAACUUAUUCCAAACACUAACAGCAGCCUUUCCCUGGAAUACAUGUGAAAGGAAUGAUCAUAGUAGUUGAAGGUUCUCUGAUUCUCUUUCAAUUCCUCUCUUGAGUCGUCGUCGUCGUCAUCAUCAUCAUGUCUUAUACAAGGCUUUGAAUUGAAUUCUGCAAACUGCAGUAGUAAGCUUUUUUUAUAGGUAUCUGCAAUUGCAUUGUGGUUGCUGUUGUUACUGCAUUAGCCAUACUUGUCCACAAUUUUGAUGCAUGACAACCACAAGUUUAAACCUUAGUCUUGUGAUGCUUUUUAUUUUUCGUUUAUUUUGUCAUUGGGUUUUGUACAGGGCUGGAAUUGGAUGAUAGGAGCAUAGAAUAUGCUCAUAAGUUAGCUAUAUUUAGAAGAGGGUUGUAAUGAGAACUGAGGAAGAAGUGAUAUAGAGAUGCAAUUCAAAGAGGAUAGAGUCAUUAGUGUUAGCCAUUUAGGUUUAGUAAUCGUAGCAGUACUCAGCAGGGUGUUUUUUUACUUCAUUUACUUUUGCUUCCAAUCACCUUUCUAUGUAGCAAUUCUUUUUGCAGUUCAUUUGUAGUCAAACUUAUGAGUUGAGUCAGAAAGGAACUUUUGGAAUUUGCCUUC